GCCGCCAUGUUGCCUGUUUGAGGUCGCGUCGAAAUUAACACCAAUUCACAUCGUUUUCUAGUUGUGUGUUAUUAAAAGCGGCCUUUUUGGUCGAAAUUAGUGUUCUAAGUGUAGAUCGUGCAAUAAUUUGACUAUAGUUCGUAAAAAAACAUUAAGAAAUUAACGAUAAAUCCGCAAGUUCGUUUCUGUAAUUCUGACGGAAGAUGGUUGUUGGCCGUCACUAGUGUAGUCGACAGGCCGGACUCGUCGAAGUUCAUAAUGGCCGAUGGUUGACUUUAGUUUGGUUAAUUUGUGCCUUGUGAGAUGCAUCGACUAUCGAACAUUCGGUACAUCGAUCGUUUUCUGCUAUUUCUCCUGAUUUCCGUGGGAAAAAUAAUGUUUUCCUUCAUAUUGUAUCGAAAUAAAUAGAUCGAGCGCACUUGGAUUGGUCAGCGCAGUUUUGGGCCAGAGCUUCGGCUUUGGCUUGUAGAUCGGUGGUUAUAACUACGCUGAUAUGGCCGAUCAUCUCGUAGAUGGGCCCCCGAAUGCCAAAAGGCAAAAGUUGGACCCUUUCCCGGGUCCCUCGGACUCAUCUGCUUUCAACAACUAUGGGUUGGGAUCCACAGACUCUACUCAAGGUGGUGGUAUGUUCAAUCCAAGGAACCAGUGGAACUUUGCCCAGAAUCAAAAUGUCCUUAAUAUGUUUGAUUUGGAAAAUGACCUUCCCGAUGAACUUAUUUCAUCUUCGCCAUGGCUGACAGAUCACUCGGCCAACCAGAAGCCUCCAGCUCAAGGUCCUGGUCCAGGUGGAAUGCAAAAUGGUAUCGAGAACCCUGACCCCAACAUGAGGCAAAUUCAGAUCAAUCAUCUGAUGCAACAGGGCAACAAAGGACUAGUUGGCAAUGUUUUACUAGGACCUGGUCAAUUGGGGAGUAAAAGUCCUAACUUACAAUCACCACCUAAUGUUUCAGUUGCCAAAGGUGGAGUAGUUGAUCAAAUGAACCUUGGCAAUUUGCCUUCAAGCAUCGCUAAUGCCUCGGGUCUACAAUCUGUCGCUAAUAAUGGUAGCAGUCCACAAGUAAUGAGUUCUAUUCAGGGCCUUAAUAAUACUGCAGGAGGGAGUAUGAUAAUGACCAAUAGUAACAUAAGUUCAAUUGGAGGAAUGGGCGGGGGAGGCUUAGUUGUCAGUAGCGGGGCUGUCAACAAGCCUCAACUCACCUCACCUCCCAACUUGAUUAGUGGACAGCUUCAUCAUCCUGGGAGCCAUAAUGUGCCUCAAGGUAUGCAAAAUGGUCCCAUGAUCAAUAGGUUAGGACAUAUGCCAAGAAAUCCUCAUGGCCUUCACAUUGGCGGCCCACGACCUGCCAAUUCCAAUCUCAUUAUCGGAGGUCAAAUGAAUCAAGUAAUGCCUGGAAAUUCUCCUUAUCCAUACCCCAAUUCAAAUAUUAACCAGGGUGGUCCGCCAGUAGGUGUCGUGACGCCCCAGCAGAAACUUCCUGGCGCGAAUCCGAGGUUCGGGGCGCCGCCUACCGGCCCGGUGAUGGGCGCACCAAUGGGCGGUGACGGUAGCAUCGUUCAAACUCAGCCUCCGGCGCCUUCACCUGCCCAACCGCAAUCGGGGGCACCGAGUGUUUCUCAACCGGGUCCUCAGCAGGCCACUCAGAAUCAGCCUGGUCAGCCGGGUGCACCGCCGGCCCCUUCAACAGAUCCCGAAAAAAGAAAAUUGAUCCAGCAACAGCUGGUUCUGCUCCUCCACGCUCACAAGUGUCAGCGACGCGAGUCGACCCUCGCCAACGGGGAGUCACUGCCUUGCACACUGCCGCAUUGCAAAACGAUGAAAAACGUACUUAACCACAUGACCACUUGUAACGCGGGCAGGAGUUGCUCGGUGGCGCACUGCAGCUCCUCCCGUCAGAUCAUUAGCCACUGGAAAAACUGCCUUCGACAAGAUUGCCCCGUCUGUUUACCGCUAAAACAGCAGGCGGACAAGAGCCGGAAUAAUCCGGGAGCAAACGCGAACCAACCGCCGAAUCCACCUCAACCCCCUGCGGUUAAUCCUUCCGAAAAUCAACUGCGAAGGACCUACGAUACUCUCGGUUUGUCUUCGUCUGUGUCCGGACCGAGUCCGGGGAGCAUUUUACCGAAUUCCGCCGCGGCUCCUGCACGUGCCCCACUUUGUCUUCCUAUGAACCCUCACAAUACAAUGCAAUCGCGCGGACCUGCGGGAAUAUUAAGGCCGGGACAUCCGGGGGGACCCCAAGGAAUCGCCCCGAACGUCAGUUUGGCCCCCAACGUUAGUCUGCCCUUGGGCAGCGACCCGUCAUCAAACGUUCUCGGACCGCCUCAAGGAUUAAAUCAGCAACAAUCGACUUUUCAACAAAACGUAACAAGCGUGAUGAUUGGCUUAGCUAGCGGGGCGGAGGCGGCCAAUCAAGGUUUAGUCAGUCAAUUACCGGGUGGAUUACAGCCGGGGCAAGUAACCGCGUCUCCCGUAACCGGAACUAAAGAGUGGCACCAAUCGGUGACGGCGGAUCUUCGAAAUCACUUGGUGCACAAGUUGGUCCAGGCGAUAUUUCCGACGCCGGAUCCUCAGGCGCUGCUGGACAGGCGGAUGCACAAUCUGGUCGCUUAUGCCAGGAAGGUGGAGGGCGAUAUGUACGAGAUGGCCAAUUCGAGGUCGGAGUACUAUCAUUUGCUCGCCGAGAAGAUUUACAAGAUACAGAAGGAGUUGGAAGAGAAAAGACAGAAGCGGAAAGAGCAGCAGAUGCAACAGCAAAAGCAACAGCAGGGAAUCAUGCCUAAUGUACAGGGUGUCGUUAGGGCGCCGAUGGUGCAGCAGCAACAGGUGCUUCGUUCGGGAUCCCCAAGCCCAUUGCAGAACGCCAACCUGGGACUAAACAACCUAUCAUCGGGCCAGAUGUCUUUCCCAGUUUCGCAACCGAACCAAUCAGGUCAAACUUUACCCCAGCAACAACAACAACAACAGCAACCGAACCUGGUCGGCUUGCCCGGCCCCAGUCCGACAACGUCAAAUCCCGGUCUGUCUCCGUUCGGGAAUCCCCUGUCGCAAGGAAGCACUUCUUCCACGGCAAACCAGUUCCAGUCCAACGGACCAAUCAGUUUACCGCAAGUAUCGCCGGCGGGGAACCAACAGAACCAGUUCGAUUUGUUGAAAAACAACCGGGUUUCACCGUCACCGUCCAGUUUCGGACAGCAACAAACCCCUCAACCGCAGCAGACCAACCAAACGAACUCGUCGUGUCAACAAAACGGAACGCCGCGCUUAAGUAACGACUGCGUGCCCACACCUUUGACCACGCCUACGGCCACCACCGGACCGAAAUCCGUUAGUUCUUCGCGAGGCCCUUCGCCCGCCCCCGCGACUCCUGCAACCCCGACAAACUCGGCGGCCAGUUUAGGAAAAGGGAUGAGCAGUGCGGAGAGGGCCGCCCUGGCCGCCCCCAGGCAGUCUUCCGCCCUUUCCUCGCAAAUGGCCGCCCUACUGGCCGCCUCCGAAGAUAACGAGGACUCGCCGCCGCCCGCGCCCGUCGUCGAAGAGGAGGGCAAAGGGAAAUUGGACCGGAUUAAGCAGGAACCGAUGGAUAUCAAGCAGGAGAACGACGACGAUCAGAACGAGUCCGGCGGUAAGAAUAUUAACAACGACAAUAUGAAAAUGGAGAUCAAGUCGGAGAUUACGAUGAAUGAGGCCGCGGCUCGUGUGAAGGACGAGCCCCCCGGGGUAAAGGAAGAGUCUACCGAUAAUUCCAGCGACGUGAAACCGAGUAUGGACGGGGCAGCCGCGCCUGGACCUGACGGAAAGAAAAUUAAAGUAUUCAAACCGGACGAGUUACGACAGAAACUUAUGCCAACUUUGGAGAAACUAUAUAGACAGGAUCCUGAAAGUAUACCUUUCAGACAGCCAGUAGACCCGCAAACUCUCGGAAUACCCGACUAUCCCGAUAUUGUUAAGAAACCGAUGGAUUUAUCGACGAUUAAGAGAAAACUCGACAUAGGACAGUAUCAGGAUCCUUGGGAAUACGUAGACGAUGUGUGGCUAAUGUUCGACAACGCCUGGCUGUAUAAUAGAAAGACCAGUCGAGUUUAUAGGUAUUGUACGAAGUUGUCAGAAGUGUUUGAACAAGAAAUCGAUCCUGUUAUGCAGUCUAUGGGGUAUUGUUGCGGACGUAAAUAUACUUUUAAUCCUCAAGUGUUGUGUUGUUAUGGGAAGCAAUUGUGUACAAUUCCUAGAGAUGCUAAGUAUUAUAGUUACCAAAAUAGUUUGAAAGCAUACGGACUCGGCUCAGAUCGCUACACAUUCUGCCAAAGGUGUUUCAACGAUAUUCAAGGAGACACAGUUACAUUAGGCGAUGAUUCUACUCAAGCUCCAACGGCAAUAAAAAAAGACCAAUUUAAAGAAAUGAAAAACGACCACCUGGAAAUGGAGGAGUUCGUUUACUGCACGGACUGCGGCCGUAAACUGCACAAGAUCUGCGUGCUGUACCACGACGCGAUCUGGACCUCCGGUUUCACCUGCGACGAGUGUCUGAACACGAAAAAUCAAAAACGCCGCGACAACCGGUACACUGCCAAACGACUGCCGGCCACCAAUCUCGGCGUCUACAUCGAAAAUCGCGUGAACAUUUUCCUUAAGAAGAAGGAGGCGGGCGCGGGCGACGUGCACGUGCGCGUCGUCUCUAGCAGCGAUAAAACCGUCGAAGUUAAACCGGGAAUGCGCAGCCGGUUCGUCGAAACCGGCGAGUUGGCACCCGAGUUUCCCUAUAGGGCGAAAGCGCUGUUCGCGUUCGAAGAAGUCGACGGGGUGGACGUGUGUUUCUUCGGUAUGCACGUGCAAGAGUACGGGAGCGAGUGUCCCGCCCCUAAUACGCGACGCGUCUACAUCGCCUAUUUAGACUCUGUGCAUUUUUUCAAACCGAAACAGUUCAGGACCGCUGUGUAUCACGAGAUUCUUUUAGGGUAUUUAGAUUAUGUUAAACAAUUAGGGUACACGAUGGCGCACAUUUGGGCUUGUCCUCCCAGCGAGGGGGACGACUACAUCUUCCAUUGUCACCCGCUCGAUCAAAAGAUUCCUAAACCUAAGAGGCUACAAGACUGGUAUAAGAAAAUGCUCGACAAGGGUAUUAUUGAGAGGAUUAUUCUUGAUUACAAGGACAUCCUUAAGCAAGCUAUGGAGGACAACUUGCGUUCAGCAGCGGACCUUCCGUACUUUGAAGGCGACUUUUGGCCGAACAACUUGGAAGAGAGCAUAAAAGAAUUAGAUCAGGAGGAAGAAGAAAAAAGAAAACAAGCGGAAGCUGCUGAGGCCGCAAUAUUUUCAUCUAUGGAUGAGAGCGAAGUAGGACCCGACGGUAAUAAGAAGUGUCAGAAGAAGGCGAAAAAGAGCACAAAAUCCAAAGCAAACCAAAGAAAAAGCAACAAUAAAAAACUGAAUACUCCACAGACAGGGAACGAUUUGUCGACAAAGAUAUUCGCCACCAUGGACAAGCACAAGGACGUCUUUUUCGUUAUUAGGCUACAUUCAGUCCAGUCGGCGGCAAGUCUUAAGCCCAUACAAGAUCCAGACCCGUUCAUAAGUUGCGAUCUGAUGGACGGCCGCGACGCAUUUUUAACGUUAGCGCGGGAGAAACACUACGAAUUCUCGUCGUUGCGCCGCGCGAAAUACAGCACGAUGUCGAUGCUGUACGAGCUGCACAACCAGGGCCAGGACAAGUUCGUCUACACGUGCAACGAGUGCAAAUCCCACGUGGAGACCCGUUACCAUUGCAUUUCCUGCGAGGACUUCGACCUGUGCAUCCAGUGUUACGAGAAAGUCGGGCACAUGCACAAGAUGGAGAAACUCGGCCUUUUGGACGACGCCAGUUCGCCUAGUGAUAAUAACAAGACUAAUCCGCAAGAGGCUAGGAAAUUAUCGAUACAGCGGUGCAUUCAAUCGUUGGUGCACGCGUGUCAAUGCCGAGACGCAAACUGUCGACUGCCUAGCUGUAAGAAGAUGAGCAGAGUCGUGAACCAUACGAGGGCGUGCAAGAGAAAAACGAACGGAGGUUGCCCUAUUUGCAAACAGCUCAUCGCCCUUUGCUGUUACCAUGCCAAAAAUUGCCCAGAAACCAAGUGUCCGGUACCGUUCUGUCCGAACAUCAAAUACAAGCUCAAGCAACAACAGUUACAACAGCGUCUGCAGCAAGCGCAACUGUUGCGACGAAGAAUGGCGGUCAUGUCGAGGACCGCGCCCACCGGCAACGUCAUGCAGGGCGGUAACCAGGGCGGCGGCGUUUCGGUCGGGGGCGGACAGCAGGUGGUGCCGGCUGCAGUCAGUCCCGUAGCCGGCAUGAAUUCAGGUUUACCGAAUCCGUCAAUGGGUAUGCAGGGUGGUCAUCAGCCAGGUAUCGGACUCAAGCCCGGCACUCAAACGCCACCCGCGAACGUGCUGCAGGUCGUGAAACAAGUGCAAGAAGAAGCGGCCCGACAACAGGCCCCUCUCGUGGGCUACGGCAAAGGCGUUCCAGGUCAGGUACCUGGUCAAAAUAUGCCUCCACCACCUAUACGAGGGAUGCAUCUAGGUGGAAAUCAAGGAGGGAACCUGUUACCGAUGGACCAAUGGCAACAACGAUAUCCGGGUCCCGGGGGUAUCCGUCAACCGGGCGGACAGCCGAUGAACUCCGGGGCGGGUCAAAUGUCCGGUGUGCCGCCGAACGUGCAGGCAGGCGCCGGUGGACAACCUGUGGGACAAGUGCGCCCCGUUGGCGGUCCCGCGGUAGGCGGUGGAGCUGGUGGCGGACCGCUAGGCAACCCGGCGGCUGCCGCGGCCGCUGCCGGCAACAUGCUACAGAAGCAAGCGCUGCAGCAACUUAUGCAGACGCUCAGGUCGCCCCAGAGUCCGGAACAACAAGCGCAAAUCCUCUCGAUACUCAAAGCCAAUCCCCAACUGAUGGCCGCAUUUAUCAAACAGCGCCAGCAGGUGCAAGCGCAGCAGUUGCAGGCUAGCGGCGGCAAUCCACCGCAACAACUGCAACACAUGUUGACCCAACAAAAUGCCGCUCCCCAACAGCAACAACAUCAAAGAAUGGCGAUGCCUGGUGGAAUUUUGAACCAGGGUCAACCGGGCCUUAACCAAGUUCCCGGAGGUCCCGGUCAACCGUUGACUCAACAACAACAAUGGUACAAACACCAACAACUCCUAGCCAUGCAACGUCAGCAACAGGCGGCGCAACAACAACAACAGCAGCAACAACAACAACAGCAACAACAGGCGGGAUUCCAACAGCCAGGUGGUUACCAGCAGCAACAGCAGCGGUUGCCGGGACUGAGGCCGCCUCAUAUGGGUUACAAUAACGCGUUCGGUGACCAGCAGUACCCGCCGCAGAUGCAGGGCUUAAAACCGACGCCGCCCCAACAGCCCGUGCCCUCGCCUCAGGGCGGCGGAAUGAUGGGGCCGCCCCAAAGUCAAGGCAUCUCUGCGGUACAACAACAGCUGAUGCAGAGCGUCAGGAGUCCGCCGCCAAUUAGAAGUCCACAACCAAGCCCUUCGACGCGACCGUCUCCCUCUCCGAGGAACCAGGCGGUGGCGAGUCCCCGCGGGCCCCAACCCUCACCCCAUGAUCUCGCCUCAUCAGAAAUGCUUUUGGGGCAAAACCACUCCUCCCUGCACACGCAUCCGAGCCCCGCGGGCACCCCCAGCCAAGACGAACUCCCGGCCAUGACUCCCCAGGAUCAACUCAGUAAAUUCGUGGAACAACUUUAGUGGUGCCGGACCCUGUUGGCAUCUUCUUACCGGAAAUCAUCAGACGAAUGACGGUCCAAGGACGGUCAGGAUCAAACGAUGUGAUGUGAAACGUGACCGAGGGUGACUCGACUCGUCGCGAUACGACCCCACAACAAAACGCUGGUAUCUGGCUGGGUACGCGCGCCGCCAGAGGGCGCUAUAAACGGCGGUUUAAUGGAGACGUAAGACAAGACGCUGAGAAAAAUUGUAGAACGGCGGAGGAGGAAAUUCUGUUUCUGUUUUUUUUUUUAUUAUUUAGUGUUAUUAAUGCCUGCGCAAGUUGAUUUAAAAGAAAAUGUGUGACUUUUUCAGAUCUGGUAAAUCUUCUGGCCACAAGUAUGCGAUUGUCCGAGCGACGUGUCGGUUUUUCGUUUUGGAACUUUUUUGCAUGGAAAUUGCGAAAAUGUUUUUUUUUACAGUCACUUUUAAAUAUAAGCAAUAUGCACUGUUCGAGGAAAAUUCGCCGUAUAAGAUGUGAAAAAGUAAACGUUAUAUUUAUUUAAUAAUGUACAGUGUGGAUAGUAUUUUUAAUUAAAGGAACAGUCUCAGGUUUAUUAAUAAUAUAUUAAGCCAAAAACGGAAUCAAAUCAAAUAUUUACAUAGUAGCUUAUAAUUACUAUAUCUACAGAUUACGCCAUUUUUGGGGGAUUUAGUUUAUGUAUUUUAAACUAAGAAUUCUUUUAUAGCUAUUUUUUACCAAUAAAUAGUCCUAAAGAAUGUUAAUUUUCAGUUAUUCUGGCAACAUUGAACUUUCGAAUACAGUUUUCCAUGAAGUAUAAGGGUCUAUGAGCACCCAAUUAUAGGUAUUUUUCUUAUGAUUUAUAAGCAUUUUUAAUGAAAAAUAAAGGUUUAAAAUUGAAUCAUAAUUUAGAAAAAAAGGCGUUAAAACCUUUAAUAACUGGUGAAUCAGAUUCAAAAACCAACCUUCCAAAGAUAAUUCUGAUUAAUAAUAAUGUAUAUAAGUGGAAACAUAAGAUACAGCAUUUUUAUUAUGUAAUCAAAAUAUCCAAUUCAAGAAUUAUAGGUAACAAUCGAUAAUUAUUUAUGAUGUCUUACAACAAUAAGAAUUUUUUAUGUUUUAUUUUCAUGUUACUGGCCAAGUAUAAAAUACGCAUUAAAUAUGAAGAACACGAUAAUUGAAGAAUAAUUUUUUAACCUUUGCAGCUAGUGAGACAUCGGUCCAAUUAGUUUGACUGAUCUAUCCUGCAGUUAUUUGCCCCUUAAUCAUGAACUUUUUCCCGUAAAUCAGCUUUAUUAACACAAUUUCCACUUCCGAUUCAUAGUCUUAGUUCUUGUCACCAAUGCUCGAUAGGAUCUAAGUCUGGUGAUUGACUCGGCUAUAUCAUCUAAAGCACAGUAGUUUUCACGCUGAUUUUUUUUUGUGGAGGCUUAAUCAGGGUUAAACGUUUUAAGAGAACAUGAAUUCAAACUUUAAUGAACAUUCACAUUUACGGGUUAUUGGGUCUCCAUUUUUCAGCUGCACGGAUUUUCUCUACGCAAGAGCAUUUAUAGUGUUCCCCCCAAUGAAGGUCCACAAUAUGUGUUAAUUUCAAAUAAGUCACGCUAGUAUAUUUGAAAGCUUUAUGGCAGUUGGAGUUUGUUAUGUAUGUUAUAAUAAAAACUGCGUAUUGUCUUUCUGAUUUGCAAUUGUGUAGAUUUUGACAAAAGUAGAAAUAUAAACACCAUUUUCAUUUAAUUUUGAUGCUUUUACGGCACAAACUACUUAGUACCAUUAAAACUACUUAGUACCAUUGAUCUUUUGAAUCAUCAUUAUCCAUUAUCUGGUAUCGAAAUUUAUUUCUUGUCAUCAUUUUCAAACAGUUCAGCACUGGAGUUUUCCAGGAACGCGGUUUAUCUCCCUUUUAGUCUUCCAUAAAUAUCAGCUAUUUCACGUGAAACUUUUUCAAAGUUACGUAAUUUGACAGUAAUUUUACGUAUGUCUUAAAGACUUGCGUUUUAUAAUACUGACUACAAUAUAAAAGGAAUGAAACACUUUGCGGUUACGUCCCAAACAAAACAAUAAAGCGUAUCACGAGUUACUAAAGCAUUUAUGAAGAAUCAGUAACGAAAUUAUUAAUUGUUGCAUUUAGUUCUUGAAUUAUAUAUUUUUAUUUCAUACAACAAUUGCAUUCAAAAAUUUCUAUUCUUAUCUUCUGGCUUCGUCUCAUUUAUUGUAGUCAACGACCCACUCGGGUUUUUUCUUUAAUAAUCGUCACGUUCUUAUGCAUAUUGUAUCAUUUCCUUUUUUUUACUUGUGAUUCUUCUUAAAGGCUUUUUUGAUCUUCUUGGCUAAAUCUGGCAUCGGAUAAGAAUACACUCAUUGUAACGUGUGACUCAUUGCAACGUGUAACAAUGAGUGUCUUUUAUUCAAAAAAGUCCAGUACAUUUUCACAUUUUAUUCCUUUAAGUUUCUGAAAUAUAUGUCCUUGGACGUCUUUUCCCAAAAAUAAGAGACUGUAACAAGGAAUCUUUGGACCUUUCUCAACAAACCUACCGCAAAACACCAACAAGCAGUACUUUUUGGAUUUUAUCGUACUAUGCGCAUCUGUUAAUAAUUUUUGUGGCGAUUUAGGUAGACCGGGUUUUUAAACUACCUGAUCUCAUACAGUAUUAUGCCUUAACUCAUCCAAUUCUCAUCAGCAUACUUCUUUCAUGUUUUUUGAGAAAAGUUCAAAAAAAAAACUAUUAGAAGAAAUACCUCCAAAUAGAUGCGCACCAAGAACAGAGCUUCCUGGACUAUUUUUCUAUGAACUCGAGCAUGAAAUAAACUUCAGAUCCUGGUUUAUUCAGUAUCUUGGUAAUUCCUAAUUAAUUUUCUAUGUCACUUGAAAUUCUAUUUCUUAGGUAAUGUUCUAUUAGGUAAGUUCUAUUCUGGAAGAUUCUUAACAUUUUUCCAUAAAUUUAUGGAUUGUCGUAUCUGUCGUAGUAUGUGUUCAGAAUGUUUUUUUUUUUAUUUAGUGUCGCUUUUCCUGUCGCUUAUCAAUGAACUUUUAAUUUUAAAACUCCAGAAUGGACGAGCAAAUUUAAAAAGAAAAGUAUUUAUCACGUCUUUUUCUAAAAUACUUUCGGUUAAUUCUUGUAGUAGUUCAAGUAAGUUCUUCUAAAAAUUAUUUGACAUGUCUUAUAUUUCAGUGAAAUUUUAAAGCAAAUGAUAUAGUUAAAUUAUCAUAAUUUUAUAUCUAAAUCUGGAGAAUAGGGCGGAUGAGGAAGUAAUUCGUAACCUAAUUCAUGGAUGAAACUGCACAUGUGUGGACCCUUGCAUUGUCCUGGAGGAAAAAAACUUUUUUUUUUUGGCCAAAUGUGGUCUUUUUUCUUCCAGUUCCUCAUUGAAUCUAUUCAAUAAGUUGGUAUAAUAUUCUCCAUUGAUUAUUUUCCCCUUUUGAAGAUAGUCAAUGUGGAUUAUACCGCGUGCAUCCCAAAAAACGGUCGCCAUGACUUUAUUGGCUGAUUCACCCCGAGAAAUCCACUGUUUGGUCUCCGGCAUGUUGUGGUGGAUCCACGUUUCGUUCGCGGUGACGAAACGACACAAAAAUUCGUCCAUAUUGCGGUUGAAUAACGCCAAACACUCCUGGGAAAUUGUCACACGGUUGCGUUUGUGGUCGAUUGUGAGCAAACGCGGCGCCCAUCUUGCGGAAAGCCUUCUCAUACCCAAAUGAUCAUUCAAAAUUGAAACUACUGAACCAUGUGAGAUGCCUAUGGCUUCCACAAUCUCUCACACUUUCAAUCUCCGAUCGGCUAAAACCAUAUCGUGAAUUUUUUCGAUUGUUUUGGAUGUAGAGACCUCGACUGGGCGUCCAGAACGUUCGGCAUCUUCCGUGCUUGUACGGCUACAUCGAAAUUCAGUAAACCACUUCUUUACCAUGGAAAUGGAUGCUGCAGAGUCCCCAUAAUAUUUAUCAAGCUUAGCCUUGGCUUGAGUGAUGGGUUUUUUUCCGUAAAAAAUAAUGCUUAAUGAGCACACAAAAUUCGCUUUUUUUCCAUUUUCUUCUCAAAACGAGUGGUAGUCUGCUAUCAACAGCUGUCAAACACAAACUAAAUGCCGCAGCUUGUUCAAAUUUUGACAGGCGUCAACUGACAGUUCUCUGUUGACAGGAACAGAGUUGCCAUUUCCAUUAAAGGGCGGGAAAUUCAAAAAGUCACGGACUUAUUGACCCGCCCUCGUAUUUAUUGUUUUAAUUGUGAUUGUUGAGUAAUGGUAAUAAUAAUAUAGGAAUUUGAACUGUUCUUAAACAAACAACUGUACAUUAUACGCCGAAACGUUGGCAACUUAAAGAUUCAAAAGACUUUAAGUAUUAUAAUACGACUCCGAAACUUACAAAAUUAAAAUAAUUGAACUGGUCAGUCCGGAAAAUCGUUAAAGUGACAAUUUUAAGGUUUCUCUCCUAACUCGAGUCCGUGUGGUUUUUGACGAAUUGUAACAACUGGCAUAGUUUACAUUGACACAUGAUGAGUACCACAAGAAAAUCUUUAAAGUGAAUAAAAUAUCUCGAAUAUUUUGAAAUAUACAUUCCAAAGAAAAAGUAAUAGACUGUUAAUUAAGAACUAUUUCAUUUACCCAAAGUUGUCAAAGUAAACUGGCAAGUGCCUUGAGUUAAAAGAAAUAAAACACGAAGUUAGGGAAUUAGUUUAAAAUGCUGCAAUCCACACUGUACAUAGGUUAAAACGUUGUUUCUCAGUAGCAGUUUUUAGUGUACUUUAGUGGCUUUUAAUAAGAAGAUUUGAAAUUAAAUAUAGCGAAAAAUCACACAAGCCAUUAAUCAAUUUGUGUCUGGGAAUUCCUGUUAUUUUUUUUUUGUAAUUUUAUAAAAGAAAUCAUUAUAUUUUUCUUACUUUUA